CAAAGAUGCAAUGCAUAGCAUCUUGGAACAUGGAAGGAGUUCUUCAUAGUACCCCAUGUUGUGGGUUCAUUACAUGCUUGGCUUUAAUAUUAGCCACUGCUAUGGAUGAGCUGCAGCAGUGUAGCACAGUAUGUAAAGUGAAGUACAGAUAUCAGCCAUUAAUUCUGUUUCAUUUUCUUUCCACAGUUAAGUUGAUUUUACAGAAUUUAUCAGGUCUUCAAAGCAGAAACAGGUGAUUUUUGCUGUGGGUUGAGCUCAGCAUGGCUGUAGUCAUCCGUUUACAGGGGCUUCCUGUUGUUGCGGGUCCUCCAGAUAUUCGUCGUUUCUUCUUGGGAUUGAAUAUUCCUGAUGGAGGUGUGCAUAUUAUUGGAGGAGAGAUUGGGGAGGCUUUUAUUAUAUUUGCAACAGAUGAAGAUGCACGGCGUGCCAUGAGCUGUUCAGGAGGGUUUAUCAAGGACUCACGCAUAGAGCUCUUUCUCAGCAGCAAGGCAGAAAUGCAGAGUACCAUAGAAAUGAGCCGGAAACGAUUUGACCGUGGGGGACGAGAAGCUAUGUCUGGCUCUAGAAGAACUGGUGCUAAUGGUUCUGGUGCAUCGGGUAUUGGAGACGUUCCACAUUUAGUCACGGCUUUUCCCAAAGGAAUAAGUAAACCUGGUUAUGGUCCACCAAAUCAUCCGGAGGCUGGUUUCCAUACCAAUGGUACAAGACAUGGUGAUAUAGGUAUGCCUAAAUCAAGCUAUCAGUCAAGAAAGGAUUCUCACCCAUUUAACCCAGAUGAUCUUUACUUAUUUCUACGUGGUAUACCUUACUCUGCAACAGAAGAUGAAGUACGUGCUUUCCUUUCUGGGAUACAUGUGGAUGGAGUGAUUCUGAUAAAGCAUCGCAAUGGUUUAAACAAUGGUGAUUGCUUGGUAAAAUUUGCUACGCCUGGUGAUGCCUUAGAAGGACUCAAACGUCAUAGACAAUACAUGGGUCAGAGGUUUAUAGAAAUUAGCCCAUCUACAGAGGAACGGUGGAUUGAAUAUGGUGGGAGGGUAGACAUGCCAAAUGAAAUGGAUCGCUUUUUCUGUGAAGACCGUUCCCCAAGAAGUUCAGGCUACAUGCAUUCAAGGAAGCAUUCUCAUUCAAGAUCACCAAGGAGACAAAGAACACGUUCUCGUUCACCUCCCACCCAGGAAUAUUAUAUACACUUAAGAAAUCUAUCUACUAAUCUGGAGAAGAGAGAUUUGAGAGCUUUUUUUCCUGAUCUGGAUAUAUGCAGCAAACAAAUCAAGCUUCUGACAGAUAAGCAUCAGAGGAGGACUAGAGAUGCCUUUGUGAUGUUAAGGAGUGAGAGAGAUUAUCAGGCUGCUUUGGAAUGUCAUAGAAAGGUUCUUCUCAACCGUCCCGUUUACAUUUUUCCAAUUUCGAAAAAGUCAAUGUUGAAAAUAAUUGAUUCUUGUGAGAGGAAAAGAUCGCAGGACAGAGAUCAUCCUGGACAGGCCAUACCAGAAAAAAGUUAUCGGGAAGGUCAUUCUGGCCCUAAGAUGUGUGUUUAUGUAAGGAAUUUUCCAUUUGAUGUGUCAAAAAUUGAAGUGCAAAAGUUCUUUGCGAGAUUUGAUAUUGAUGAAGAUGAUAUUUACUUGCUCUAUGAUGACAAAGGAGUUGGGCUGGGAGAAGCAUUAGUGAAGUUUAAAUCUGAAGAACAAGCCAUGAAAGCAGAAAAUUUAAAUCGACGAAGAUUCUUGGGAACGGAGGUAUUAAUAAGACUUAUAUCUGAAGAGCAGAUGCAGAAGUUUGGUGUAACUGUACCGUUGUCUGCACCAAAUGAAAUGCACGGUCAUUCACAUCCGUAUGACAGAGGUGAGCUUUCCCGUCCAGUUGGUUCACCAUCUGGGCCACCACAAGGGCCACCCAUGCAUUCAUUUGGUCCCCCUGGGAACUUCAGGCAUCCUUCUGAUUUUAGGCACCCCCCCGAGGACUUCAUGUGCCCUCCUAAGGAUUUUAGAGGUCCGCCACCCCUCAUGGAUUUUGGUGGUGACAGUGAACCUUUUGGCAGAAUGGAGUUUGGGAAUAAUAAAAUGGGAAAUUUUCCUGAAGGAAGAUUUAUGCCGGAUCCAAAUUUCAGUGGUGGUUCUGAACGUGUUGUUCCUAUUCGAUUGAAAAAUUUACCUUUUAAGGCUACUCCUAAUGAGAUUCUGGAUUUUUUCUAUGGCUACAGAGUCAUACCGGAGUCAGUUUCUGUACAGUAUAAUGAACAAGGAUUACCUUCAGGUGAUGCCAUCGUUGCUAUGACAAACUAUGAGGAAGCUAUGGCUGCUAUUAAUGAACUGAAUGAUAGGCCAAUUGGUCCACGGAAAGUUAAGUUGAGCUUGCUGUAAAAGGAGUAAAAGAUGCUCUAGAAUAGGACAUUCUAGAUUUGACAGUAUUGACAGUUAUUUUCAUUAUUUUUUAGUUACUGGAAGAUGCAGAAAAAGCUGUUCCCAUCAACGGUUGUAAAUAGUACCUAGUUCAGUUGUUUAGUUCUUGGUUGAAAUAUCUGUAUGGUUAAGAUAUGAGCACUGUAUUGUGCCUACUUCUUGUGGCAGAGAAGAACCCAGAAAUUCUGGAGGAUAUUGAAUGUCUUACAUCAAGGUAUAAAGGCAUGGAGUUGUAAUGCUUUGGGGUUUUUUUAGUUUGCUUUAAUUCCAUGUCCCAUGACUUUGCAUCAAAUAAAAAUGUAAGUGCUGGUUGAUUGACCAUGCAAACGGUUCAAAUAGAAGAACUUAAGUGCUACCUGCAUUAGUAAAUAACACUUCUUACUGAGGUUAGCUUAAUAAAUUUUAAAAUGACUGAUUUUUUUUUUUUUUUGUGUAAACUCUUUGGAUUUUUUUUUGGUUUUAUGUGGUUGCAGGCAUUUCUAUUAAAAGAAGAAAAAAGAGCUCCCUGUUGACAUUAGCUGGCUUUGCAACUUUUUUUAAAUAAAAAAGAAAUUGCCAU